UCGAAUCACACGCAAAUCUGGGAGGGAGCACACACAUAUAUUAGUCUACAAGUAAACACAUCGUUGUUUACAGACACCCUAGCUAUAUAAUACUAAUUUAAGCUGAAGAGCUUUCAUUCGCUGAAAAAUCGACUUUUAUUUGAGCUUAAACCUAUAAACCCUCGCGUAGCAUGACGCACUAAUCGGUGAAGGUAUUAAUGAGUGCCAAAUACGUGAUUUAGUUUCUGCUAGCCUCAGUAUUGAGAAAAAUCAAUACGGAGUAAAUAAAAUGUUACAUGCUUGAAAUACGCUUUGUGGAACUGUAAUAUAAUAUCUAUAUACUCCUUGUGGCUUCUCCCAAAAUGUACGGAAUCACCCAAUCAACUGUAAACAAUCAACGCUUUCGAGUUCGUGAUAUGGAUAACGAGCAAAUCAUGUCCACUUUUGGGAACAUCGGACACUUGCUGAACAUCGCCGUAGAGCGAUUUAUAACUAUUGGCGAGAUAAUUGCCGAGGAAAAUAUUGACAUAAAGGGGGAUAUGUACGAGGCGGCCAAGGAAGCCAGGGACGCUGGAAAAUCGAUUGAACACCUUUGUGAUAUAUCGCCACUGGGACUGGGGGGUGGCAUGGAGCUACGACACCACAUUGAGCCCCUAAAGGACUACGGCGCCAUUAUCUUGGCGGCGCGAUCCCUUCUCUCCUCUGUUACGCGAAUCCUUUUACUGGUCGACAUUAUUGUGGUGAAGAAGCUCUUAACUGCCAAGAAACGUGCAUCCGAGAGUCUGGAGAAGCUGGAAUCGGUAAUGAACUUCACCGAGUUCGUUCGUGCAUUCUCCGUUUUCGGUACGGAGAUGAUCGAAUUAGCUUACCUCACAGGUCAUCACCGCAACUCCUUCAAGGAGGAGCGGCGGCGGGCGCAGAUGUUCUCGGCCCGUCAGAUCCUGGAGAAGUCCAUUGCCAUCCUACUGACGUCCUCGAAGAACAGCUUGAUCCAUAGCGAUUGCGUGAUCGUUAAGGAGAACCGCGACACCGUGUUCUGCCAGAUAAGACGGGCCAUGGACCUCAUCCACUUCGUUGUCAAGGACAGCAUCUUCGAUACGACGAAGCACAUGCCGUUCGACAAGCAGGCCAGCAACCCGAAUUACGAGAAUGAGAGCAUAUACACGACAAUAAAGCGCAUUGUGAACCUCAUAAAAAGGUACAAGUACCAGAUGAACUACUACGAGAGCAACAACGAGGGGAAUAACAACUCCGACGCGUAUUUUAAUUUCCUGGACGACGAUCACUGGAAGUCGGAAAAGAACCUCGCCCCAGCUGUGGGCGGCCCUGGGGGACGCAUGGUGAACAAUACCAACUUCAGGAAGCAUAUGAGCGCCGAGAGCCUGGACCUACGAGAGGAGCUGUCGGUGGCGUUCGAGAAGCUGUUUGAGAAAGCCCACGACUUCACCGACUCCCCGUACAUCAGUCACAACCAUCGAAAAAACAUACUGUCCUACUGCGACAACUGCAAGCUGGAGUUCGAUCUGUAUCUCAACACGAUCAUGAAGGAACAGCAUCAACAUGAGACCGCGGGAGUCCAGCUAAAAGGUCGCGAUCCCGAACUAGGAAUGCUGAGCAGCCUGGAGGAGCUAUGCAAGCAGCUGGUCAUUUCGGUAUCAAGCCAAAUCGAGGACUUUAACGAGUCGCUGAAGAUCUGCUCCAAGCUGGUCAAGUCGUUCCACGUCCUGGCAACGAACUACGACAUCGACAAUCUGAAUCAACGGUCCACAAAGUUCCACGACUGCUGCGACCACAUCUUUGACAUCUGCAAGCUGUUGCAGCACAUUGCACCUACGGAAAAGCUGCAGGUCCAGGCCAAGUGUCUGGCCAUCAAUUUGCGAAUCUACGGACCGCAGGUCUUUAUUGCUGCCAAGAUCCUGUGGAAGUACUCGAAUAGCAGUGCGGCCAACGAGAACUUUGAGUCCUUUUCGGACAUGUGGAAGUGGCUGACAAACGAGAUAUCUAUGAUUGCGAAGAAGAUUCUAGUAUCAAUUAAUACAACUAAGGGCGACAGAGAACCCGAAACUGAGAAAUGUGAAACCACAACAGAUAAACUAUCAAAAUCCGGUGUACCUGCAACAGAAGAUGGAGAAAUGGUCGAGUAUUCUGGCCUCGAAGGCAAAAACAAUGGAGAUCUAAGCACAUAUCAAUCAAAAUGGAGUGAAGACUUGUCCGACGACAACGACAUAUUAAAGAGAGCUAAAAACAUGUCAGCGAUGGCUUUCCUAAUGUAUCAGUUUACAAAAGGCAAUGGUUCUCUAAGAACAACUCAGGAUUUGUUUACUCAAGCCGAAUAUUUUGCGGAGGAGGCGAAUCGACUUUACAAGGUCCUCCGUCACUUUUCAUACCAGGUUCCAGCUAGUGACAACAAAAAGGAUCUCCUUAACAUUUUAGAUAGAGUGCCGACUUUUGUCCAAGCACUUCAAUUUACAGUCAAAGAUCACACGGUUGGUAAAGCUGCCACUUUUGUGAAGGUCGAUCAUGUCAUCAGAGAAACAAAAAACCUUAUGAACGUUAUUAAUAAAGUAGUAUCGAAGUGCUUUGAGUGCGCAAAUAAGUACAAACUAAAUUUAACUGGGAUAACCGGAGGACUCACGUCGGGAGCAGUUCGAGGCGACGACAACGUCGCCGGUGGAAUGUGCGACUCCAAAGGAACAACGAGCAGCAGCGAGGGGAGCAUGUGACAUUACGGGAUGGCUCGAAGAGCCAAGGGAGAUGCACGGAGGACGAGGGUAUCAUUUUUAUUGUUCUGAGCCUCAACUUUUUAUUACUAUUAUUAUGGUGUACACUGUUAGUAUUCUUAAUACAUUUAAUUCUGUGGAUUAGUUGGAGCCGCUUCUAGCGUUGAUUAAUGUCAAACAAAAACAAAAAAGGAAGCUAACUUCGAGAAGCGGAAG